AGUCAACUCUGCCAUAAACGCGUUAUUGAAAGCAAGCCAAAUGGCUCUCUUUGCUCAAUACUUCAGUCAAAUUCACAGCUCCUAUCAAUUUUGAGAUGGGGAACUCACAUAUCAAAGGAUUCAAUAAACAAGACGAAGGCUUCUCCUUCAGGAACGGGGAAUUGAUCUUACGGCAACUUAUUGCUUCAUUCGAUGGGAAAUCCCUUCCCCUGCGCGUCUUCUCUAACAAAGAGCUCGACGACGCGACAAACGGGUUCGACGAGAGCAGGUUCAUCAAGCGUGAUUCCCUGUGGACCCUGUAUAAAGGGAGUCACGAUGGUCGGUUCAUAUCGGUGAAGUUGUUCAACACUUCCUUGAUCGACAAGGCAAAGGUCCUAGAGAAGAUAAUCAACGAGGUAGCGAUCGCCUCGCAGAUGGGUAAGCACAAGAACAUCCUGAAGCUCUUGGGCUACUGUGCCGAAUCCGAACUUCCGCUCCUGGUCUAUGAGUACGCUGAGAAUGGAGACUUGUCUCAGUACAUAUCUAGAGACAGCGAGCUACCGUUACCAUGGGAGAGCCGGUUGAGGAUAUUGAAUGAGGUAGCUAAUGCUGUCUCAUUUCUGCAUUACGGGACGUCUCGGGUGGUCGUCCAAGGAGAUAUAAAACCGUACAACAUAUUCUUGGACGACAAGUUCAGCGCAAAGCUAGGCGACUUUGUUCUCUCCAAGUUGAUUCCACUGGGGGAGGACCAUAUCAGGGAGGAUAUCGUGGCGGAAACUUAUGGAUACAUGGCCCCUGAAUCGGCAACAGGGGCUCGCUUUUCAGAGAAGAGCGAUGUUUUCGGCCUCGGAGUCGUGAUCUUGCAGGUAUUGACCGCGAGGAGGGUCGUGGACUUGUACGACCCUGAAAAUUGGAUUCCUCGGAGCAUGAACGAGUUCUUCUCUGCAGCUCAUAUUGCAGGAGGAGGAAGUAUGCAGCAGCAGAUAGAAGAGUGUGCGGAGCUCGUGAGGAGAUGUUUCAUGAGGAAUCCCGAAGAGAGGCCGACCAUGAUCGAAGUGGCUAAAUCUCUUCGUAUGAUAAGAAGACUCUCCAAACAGAGGUCAGAAAACUGUACCGGCUAAACUCGAAUUACAGAAGAAUGAUUGCAGGAGACAUCGAUUUCACCUUACCUUUCAAAUGAUGGAAAAUCAAGGUCGAUGAAUUUUAUCGACGAAAAUACAACAGAGUUUCACAAUAAGCAAGCAAUUCAAAUUACAUUACAACAUAUGGUGAGAUAACUUUUGAUGCGAUAAAGGUUUAUAUUCGAACUUUUGCCGUUACAAUUGGCAUCAUGUAUGCCUGUAAACACAAAUCGGAGUUAGCCCCGAUUCUGCCAAUAAUCAGAAUUCAAGAGUAUUGUUUAGAGAUCCUGAGUGGAAGUGGAGUAGCAGCCUUUGGCACCUCACUUGCGAAGCUCUCAAAUGUUCCUCUACAAAGUUAUCCCCUUUGUUUUCUUUGUUCACCGUCUUGAGCAGCUUAUCCUCUUUGUCAUCCCAUGAAAUGCCUCAACAUAGCUUCAAUCUGAAUUCUCAAUAUCACCAAUAAUCGUACUACUGGGGAUCAAAGGAAAUAGAAGGCCCAGCUGCAGGAGAGACCGGUGCACGAUAGAGCCACAUCGAUCAUAGCCAUCACUUCAUCCUAGUCGAAGUUCAAUCCCAUGUCCCAACCUCAGGUCAAUCAGACCUAUUGCCUUGCUGUUCUCGAAUGUGCCUACCCUACAUAAUAGAACUUAAGCAAUUACUCAGAAAACUAACUUGUAUUAUGAGUUUAAGCCGCUAAGAACUGUCAGAUCCAUCGUAUAUGACUCAAUAAUAUAAGAUCAAAUAAUCAACGUAA